CCUAAACAGGAACCUCAAUCGGGAGAUAUUGAACGAACACGACACACCUUUUGUUCAUCAGAAUUUCGUGAACACGUCAUCGAAAUGAUGGAACGGCACUUCUGCGCACAUCCACUUAUCCCCGGAUACUCACACCCAAGCGCUGCAGGAAUAAGGCAGUGGGCAGUGCGCCAGAUGUACACAUUUUGCCGGGAGCAUGACCUCUGUGAACUGUGGGCCUACCUUUGGGAGAACUGGUACCGAAAGGGCCGUUUUGAGCUAUGGGCACGUUCAGCAGGUGACAAGAUACCUCGACUAAAAACGACAAUGAUCAUGGAGAGCCACUGGUGGCACAUCAAAAUCGACUACCUCACGCACUUCUCGAAGCCACGAGUUGAUCUACUGAUCUGGAUCCUUGUUGUCAAACUCGCACCAACAUACUAUAAAAAGAUU